AGGGGGGAAGACGACGGGAAUGGACUGAAAGCCAGACGGAGCGAGGGAGCAAUUGGACAUGUUUAGGCUUAUCUACCAUGGACACUGAGAUGAUCCCUAAAUUCUCUUCAAAAGACGAGGAAAUUGAUUACUGGAAGACUCUUUCCCUCAAGUACAAGAAGAGUUCCCAGGAUGCCCGGGAUGAGCUGCUGGAGUUCCAGGAGGGCAGCCGGGAGUUGGAGGCGGAGCUGGAGGCCCAGCUGGGUCAGGCGGAGAACCGGAUCCGAGACCUGCAGGCUGAGAACCAGAGACUGAGGAGCGAGGUGGACACCCUGAAGGAGAAGCUGGAGCAGCAGUACGCACAGAGCUACAAGCAGAUCUCCCUGCUGGAGGACGACCUGGGCCAGACCCGCAGCAUCAAGGAGCAGCUGCUGAAAUACGUGCGGGAGCUGGAGCAGGCCAACGACGACCUGGAGAGGGCCAAGAGGGCGACGAUUGUGUCCCUGGAGGACUUUGAGGGCCGGUUGAACCAGGCCAUCGAGCGGAACGCCUUUCUGGAGAGUGAGCUGGACGAGAAGGAGUCCCUCCUGGUGUCUGUGCAGAGACUAAAGGAUGAAGCCAGAGACCUCCGGCAGGAGCUGGCUGUGAGGGAGAGAAACGUGGACAGCAGCAGGAUGUCGGUCCCUAGCUCGCCCACGCUGGACCUCGACAGGACGGACUCGGCCGUGCAGGCCUCCCUGUCCCUUCCUGCCACGCCCGUGGGCAAGGGUGUGGAGAACGCCUUCCUCAGCCCCAAAGCUCUGGCCGGUGGCACCGGGAGCUCUCCACUGACGCCAUCAGCGAGGAUAUCCGCUCUCAACAUCGUGGGCGACCUGCUGAGGAAAGUCGGGGCCCUGGAGUCCAAGCUGGCGGCCUGCAGGAACCUGGCGAAGGACCAGGCGGCGAGGAGGUGCCACAGCGCUGGGAACGGGGGCCUGGUUAACGGCAGCAUGGCCACCUUCUCCCACACGCUCCACACCACCUACUUCGACAAAGCGACUGUGAAUGGCUUGGGUCCUGGAGCGCUGACAGCUAUCACAUCACCCCGGACUGUGUCCCCUCCUGGCAUGCUGCCACUCAGCGUGUGACAACAACCCCCCCCCCGCCCCGGCCACCAACCACCAAACCGAGACAAGGGACCAGGGAGGACACCUGAUGGACCAUGCUCUGCGUGUGUAUGGAUGAGAAUGGACUGGACCACACCAGCCAAUUGCAGGCCCCUCACUGACACACUCACCCGUCCACAGACGAGCUGUCUCCUCCUGUGAGAGAGGGGGCGCACCUGAGCUCCGCCCCACAACUAUCCCUGACAAAACAGUCUUCGGCAUACCGUAGCUUCCUCUGUGUGUGUGUGUGUUGGGUUGUUUUUGUUUUAAAAUUAAUUGCACAAUUAAAUUAUUUUUUCUUUUUUAAUACUGUGAAAGAAACUGAACUGUUUUAUUUAACUGCUUUAAUAUGUAAUGUCGUCUGGCAUGCUCAAAGCUCCAUUUGUGCAUGUGUGCAUGUGCAUGCAUGUGUGCGGUGUGCGUACAUAUGCGUGUCCA